AUGAUCGCCGCUCAGGCCAAGCUGGUUUACCAGCUCAAUAAAUACUACACCGAGCGCUGCCAGGCGCGCAAGGCGGCCAUCGCCAAGACCAUCCGAGAGGUCUGUAAGGUGGUCUCGGACGUGCUCAAGGAGGUGGAGGUGCAGGAGCCUCGCUUCAUCAGCUCCCUGAGCGAGAUCGAUGCCCGCUACGAGGGUCUGGAGGUCAUCUCGCCCACGGAAUUCGAGGUGGUGCUCUACCUAAACCAGAUGGGCGUCUUCAACUUCGUGGACGACGGCUCGCUGCCAGGCUGCGCGGUGCUCAAACUGAGCGAUGGGCGGAAGCGGAGCAUGUCUCUCUGGGUCGAGUUCAUAACAGCGUCCGGCUACCUCUCGGCACGCAAGAUCCGCUCCCGUUUCCAGACGCUGGUGGCUCAGGCGGUGGACAAGUGCAGCUACCGGGAUGUGGUCAAGAUGAUCGCGGACACCAGCGAGGUCAAGUUGCGCAUCAGGGAGCGCUACGUGGUGCAAAUCACUCCAGCGUUCAAGUGCACCGGUAUCUGGCCCCGCAGCGCAGCACAGUGGCCGAUGCCCCACAUCCCCUGGCCUGGCCCCAAUCGGGUGGCGGAGGUCAAGGCCGAAGGGUUCAACUUGCUCUCUAAGGAGUGCUACUCGCUGACCGGCAAGCAGAGCUCCGCCGAGAGCGACGCCUGGGUGCUCCAGUUUGGGGAGGCUGAAAACCGUCUGCUGAUGGGCGGCUGCCGAAACAAGUGUCUCUCGGUGCUGAAGACGCUGCGGGACCGCCACCUGGAGCUGCCGGGCCAGCCGCUCAACAACUACCACAUGAAGACGCUGCUGCUGUACGAGUGCGAGAAGCACCCGCGGGAAACGGACUGGGACGAGGCAUGCCUCGGAGACCGGCUCAACGGCAUCCUGCUGCAGCUCAUCUCCUGCCUGCAGUGCCGCCGCUGCCCCCACUACUUUCUGCCCAACCUCGACCUUUUCCAGGGCAAGCCCCACUCGGCCCUGGAGAGCGCUGCCAAGCAGACCUGGAGGUUGGCCAGGGAAAUUCUCACCAAUCCCAAAAGCCUGGACAAACUAUAGGGUGCUGGGGACUGCUUGAAAAGCGACACGGACGGGAAUGCUCUCGAACA